ACAAGCUCUUAAACCCAGUGUAGAUGGAAAAAUAAAAGUUAUGGCUAUGAGGAGAGGAGGGGAAAAAAGAAAACACAAAAGCUUAAAUGUCCUGGGUUGUUAAGGGGUUAAUACUGAUAAUAAAAUCUGUGUUAUUCUCUGCAGAUUCUUGUACCAGGAGAUCAGAGGAGAAUCUUAUAUCUUCAGAUUAUAAAGCAGAUGAUGAUAUCACACAAGAUACAUAUGAAGAACAUUCCAUUAUCCCAGAUACACCCUCAGCCCUUCACAGCCAAGAUCUGUCAUCUCAUCCUUAUAUACAGGUCCUGUCUUCUCAUUCAUCACAGGAUGUUCAGCAAAAAAAAGGUCACAGAAGGGAUGUUGGACAUCAACGAGCUCAUACAGGAAAGAAACCAUAUUCAUGCUCAGAAUGUGGGAAAUGUUUUACUAAGAAAUCACAUCUUGCUGGACAUCGAAGAACUCACACAGGAGAGAAGCCAUUUUCAUGCUCAGAAUGUGGGAAAUGUUUUACUUUUAAAUCAAAUCUUGUUGUACAUCAGAGAACUCACAAAGGAGAGAAGCCAUUUUCAUGUUCAGAAUGUGGGAAGUGUUUUACUCGGAAACCAAAUCUUAUUGAACAUCAAAGAACUCACACAGAAGAGAAGCCAUUUUCAUGUUCAGUAUGUGGGAAGUGUUUUACUCGGAAACCAAAUCUUAUUGAACAUCAAAGAAUUCACACAGAAGAGAAGCCAUUUUCAUGCUCAGAAUGUGGGAAAUGUUUUACUUUUAAAUCAAGCCUUGUUGUACAUCAAAGAACUCACACAGGGGAGAAGCCAUUUUUAUGUUCAGAAUGUGGGAAAUGUUUUACUUUAAAAUCAAGUCUUGUUAAACAUCAGAGAACUCACACAGGAGAGAAGCCAAUUCAGAGCAAUAAAUGAUGCAGAUAACACAUAUAUAUAUUCACCAUGUACAUAGGAUAUCUGACAUUUAUACAUAUAUCAUAUACUUCAUCUCCAAACUUGUUACCAAUUGUUUUUUUUUUUUAUUGAGUAAACAAGUCAUACAUUAAUUAAUAAAUAAAUAUUAUAGACAGUAGAUUUCAAUACAUGCUUUGUGCAU